CAUGUAGUUUUGUGGUAGUAAAAAUGUGUUGACGCAGAUUUUCAGCGCCGCAGUCAAGAACACUGUCCACAUGUGAUAUAAUAAUGAGUUCGAAACGCAAGUAUGGUCUUGACAUAGAACAAAGGGGGAAGAAAAAAGAGAAGAGAGAAGAAACAGUCGAGAUUUCUGAAAUAAUCUUAGGUGCAGACGUGAAGGAAAAAGUAAAGGAGGCAUGGAGGAAGAAAGAACAGUGUACACACGGAGGUAUUGAAGUGGACUGUAACCCUUUCCCUCACUGCAUCUUGAGAAACUUCAUUCAGGACCAGACCUUUCUCGAGAACCUACAGAGGGAGCUCUUGGAUUUGAAUUUUCAUGAUAAAUCCAACGACUUGUACAAAUUCAAACAGUCUGAUGACUUAAAGAAGAGAAAGAAGCCUCAUAUUUCAGGGUUGCGAGCGGUGCUGUUCCAGAAGUUCAGAUCGUGGCUCACUGAGGUGCUGCAGGUGGAGCUGGAGCCCACAGUGGACAUUUCUUGUGCAAAGUACGAGUACACAGAUGUACUGCUCUGUCAUGACGAUGAGCUGGAAGGGAGGAGGAUCGCCUUCAUCCUGUACCUGGUGCCUCCGUGGGGGCAGGAGGACGGGGGAACGCUGGACCUCUACAGCACAGACGAGAACUUCCAGCCCCAGAAGGUGGUGAAGUCCUUGGUCCCCUCCUGGAACACGCUGAUGUUCUUUGAGGUCUCGCCCGUCUCCUUCCAUCAGGUGUCAGAGGUGAUCUCAGAGGAGAAGUGUCGCCUCUCUGUGAGCGGCUGGUUUCACGGACAUUCGUUGGACCGGCCCCCGCGUUACAUAGAGCCGGCGCCCCCCCGAAACCCGCAUCUGCCCCGGGACGAGGCGCUGCUGUUCGAGUGGAUAAACCCCGUAUACCUGGACAUUGACUACCAGGCGCAGGUGCAGGAGGAGUUCGAGGAGACGUCUGAGAUCCUCCUGAAAAACUUCCUCAAGGAGGAAAAGUUCAAGGAGGUGAACGAGGCCCUGAAGCAGAAUGGGAUUCGGUGGGUCCGAAGAGGUCCUCCCAACAAGAGGUGUUACGAGCGGGCGGACCAGCAGGGCCUGCCCCCGAGCGUUAGCGCCUGCUGGGAGCUGCUCUCUUCAGAGGCCUUUUUCCUGCUCCUCUCCAACUUCACCGGCCUCAAGCUGCAUUUCCUAGCGCCCGGGAGCGCCGAGGACGAGGAGGAAGAGGGGAAGGAGGAGGAGGAGGAGGAGGAGGGAGGGGAAGAGAACGAGGAAGCAGCAGGAGGCUCCUCUAGGGGGUGCCCAGCAGCAGCAGCAGCAGACGGCGGAGACCAGGAGGAGAAAGAGAAGACGAAAAAGAGCAAAGAGCCCAGCACCCCAGUGUGCCGGGGGGAGGUGCGUCGCUGGGGGCACGGGGACUACACCCUUGUCCACGACACCGACCAGGACAACACCGAGUUUGCCCUGGACCUGCUGCUCCACUGUGGCUGUGAAGACUGGCAGACAGAAUUUGGGGGCUUCACGUCCUACAUCGCCAAUGGCGAGGAUGAGGAGCUCCUGAUGGUGUCACCUGAAAACAACUCCCUAGCCUUGGUCUACAGGGACAAAGAAACACUGAAGUUUGUCAAGCAUAUCAAUCACAGGACAUCCGCCCUGACAGGGAACCGCCCUCACGGAAACACCUUCUAUGAUUUCUCCUUUGUUUAUUACGAGUGAAGAACGUUCCUGUGGGAGUGAGUGAAGACCAGGAGUGGUGCAGUCUCCAUAGACUGAUGCAGAUUAGGAUAUGCUCAAUGAAACUGACUUAUUGAGGCUAACCAGAUAAUGUAACACUGAUCACAGUAAAAAAAGAAAACUAAA